AUGAAUGCUACGCAUCGAGUCAUACAGUUGUUACGGACGCUGUUUCAAGUAAACUAUCACCAAUACUGUAUUUUAACAGUAUUUUCUGCCAAAAAAUGGCCGUGAUAUUCGAAAUUAUGAAUGAUUCAGCAAUCAAGCAACGAACAGUUGGAAGUUUAGUGAUCGUGGUUCUGGAUAAGUAGUGAAAUACUGAAAAUAAUCAAGUCUUUUAUGUAGAAAUAAAAAUAAACAAUAUGGAUUCCAUUGUUCCUACUCAGUCGUUGCAAGCUAUAUUUACUCCAAUACUAUCACAGAUCACUGAAUUGUUGAUUGUGACAUCUGAAAAAUAUGAGUCGGAGACAUCAGAAGAGUCGAUAAAUAUUUUACGACCAUUGGUUUCUAUGUCAGAAGACAUUGUUGAGAGUUUAAAAGACUUGACAACGGUUUGCCAACAAACUGUGACACUGGAAUAUCCGAACGAUAAUGUUGUGAAGAAAGAAAUAGAUUGUGGGUCUCAGAAUCUACUUGUUGCCGGAGAAAGUUUAGUUCUGUGUUGUCACAUAUUGUGUUCGGCUACAAAACCUGAUUACCAGCUAAAAACACCAGUUCCUUAUCAGAAUGAUGUUCCUGGAUGUCUUUCUGAGUUGAAUCAAUGUAUGAUGCAUUUACUUCUUUCUAUUGAUGAUGCUGAAGUUCGAAAAAUUGCAAGUUAUGGUUGGUCCACUUCUGAAUGUCUUGCAACUCUUGCUACUGCUGACACAUUGCAAAAUUUGAAUGAUAAGUUCCGAAGCUUUGCUAUUCCUGCAGCUGAUCUCCACAGAGCUGCAAGUGCAAGAUGCAACGACUUAUUGGAUGAUAAAUUACAAUACAAAUUGAAGUGUUCUUUGUCAACUUUAAGACAAUCUCUUCCCAUGCUAACAGCAGCGUUGCAAAUGGCAAUUAGAUAUCCCGACAAUGAUGAAGUAUUAAAAGGCAGAGAUUUCUGUGUAGAACAGGUCCGGAAAGCAAUCGCAGACAUUGUUAAAGUUAUCACAACUAAAAAUAUUCGGAAAUCAUUUUUACCUGGUACAAAAAUUGGUUUAUUUUAUGAAAAGUUGAAUGAAAUCAAAAAAAUGUUGUCAGCCGAAAACAGAAAGAAAAUGAAUUUGUUGAACUUGCAUACAAGUGUUGAAGGUUUUGUUCAAUAUGCCAUGGAUCUUUCAUUAACUUUAGUGAAAAGUUCAUCUCCACUUGAAUUAAAGUCCAACGCCAUUGUGAACUCCUGCAGAAAAAUGAUGCGAUCAAUGCGUGACUUGGAGAAAGCAGAUGAGGCAUUACACACUCAAACUUCAAUAGAAAAAAAUUUGCGACAAGUUCAUGAUGAAAAAUGCAUGUCAUUGAGUGCCAUCUCACAGGGCACAGUGGCAGCGAUACUUCAUGCUGUUACGGUUUUGGUAACGCAUAUAUUUAGAAGUAUGGAUGAACCACUGGUAGAACUUACCGAUAGUUGCAUAUCUCCUAAAACGAUCACACAAGAUAGCAUGGACAAAAUGCAACAACAUAAAGAAUCAGAAAUUGAAAAAAUAAAAGAGUUGACAAAAGUAUUUUCAAAGCAUACUAACGAUAUAACAACAGCCGCAAGGUUUGCUGCAUCGUGCAGUCAACAUGCAGCAGUUUAUCAUAAAUAUUCAAAAGUUUUGUUCAAUUUUGAUCAAACUUCGAGAGCAAUCAUUACAGCUACUUCUCAGUAUACCAAAGACAAGGAAGACGAACCAAGCGAGGCUUUGACUCAAAAUGAUAAAAUUUUAGAUCUUCAAGACAAAUGGAUUAUUGUACUCGGAGAUCUUAUUCAUCUUAUUGUUGCAUCUUUGGAUUUGAAAGGAUUGCUGGAUGUAAUAGUGGAUGAUGUUGUGAGCUCACUUGAAAAAUGUACAGAAGGAAUAGUGAAUAUGAAUGAAGCACAGGUUGCAACAAGUCUUCAGAGAGGGAUGGGAAAAUCAAGGUUUUUAGUGAGAGUCGCAAAUGCAGUGGUAUCUUGUAGCACCGAACCCUUAUACAGGAAUGGAGUUCUUUCACAUGUUAAGACGCUGAAACAACAUAUUGCAAAUUGUAUUGCUCGUGGAAAUCAACUCAUAGAAGAUAUUGGUCGAGUUGAAGAACAAGAGUUAUUUUCAAAUUCAGCUGAUCAUUUAUUGGAAAGUAUCAGAGCAGUGUCUGAGGCAAUUUUGUCCGAAGGAAAUCAUCCAGAUUUAACGAGCAUUAAUAGAAUGAAUGUGAGAAACGAAGACACAAGCCAAACUAAUUCUGUAUUAAAAGAAAUGAUGGCAUUGAAUGAGAAGUUAACUUCCCUGGGAUUUGAACCCAUAACAGAUGAAGAGCUGGAUGUUUCGUACCCUGUGCCAACUAGUAGCGAACCAGGAUGGCCAAGAUAUUAUUAUAAAGAUGAUCAACAAGCCCAGCAUCAGGAAAAAAUGAUUUCAUCAACAACUGACGAUGCAUCCAUAAUUUCUGAAUCACCAAGUCAUGAAGAUAUGAUAGAUCUUGAAUCUCUGCCUGGAAAAAUUCAUCCAGUUAUUGAAAAUCUCAUGUCAUGCUUGAAGAAAGCGUUCAAUAGAAAGUCAUCAAGAAAUAUAGAAUUGGAAAAAGCUAAAGAAUUGGUUAGCAAAGCAUCAGAAAUGUGCAUUGAUAUUGCUCGGGAUACACUUCUUGAAUCUCAAAUUGCAAGACCAAAGGAUGAGAAUAAUCACUCUGUACAGAAAGCAUCAGUUCGUGUAGGAACACUUGGUGAUCUGAUUUUGAAAGAAGCUGAUGAUUUGCGAUCAUCAAAUUCAAGUGAAUUAGACCUCGAGUCUUUGUCAAUUCUCGGCCUUCAAUGGUCAAAAGCAUUGUAUAUUAUUUCUAUCGGGUGUACCAGAAUUCUACCCCUCUACAUUGUUCCUGUACGAAGAUAUCUAGCCCUUUCGCUUGACGCGGAUAUCAACGACGUUCAUAGUUUAGCGAAAUGUAUAAUCUCCUAUCCUGGUUCGGUUGCUAACUUCAUCGCCAAGUUGGCUUCGUUUAAAGAAAAUAUUCGUUCAAAAGAAGACAAAUCAUCAAUCGGUGAUUUCAAUGUUCAUGAGCAAAAUGUAAAGGAAUUGUUACAGUUAAUUGAUGCAAUUUCAACUUUCAUGACAAACGAAGAAAACGAAGAAGAAACAACAAAAUCGGAAGAAAUUUCAGCUCUGUGUGAAAUCAUGGAUUUUGAUUGGUCUACUGCUUCUCAAACGAAGGAGGAAAUUUUGAAGUUCGUCAAUGACCUUUCACCUACUGUUGAAAAUGAUUUGGAUAAAUCAAUUCUACAACUUCUAUGCCUUGCUUGGUCUUCAAAGGUUCACAGUCUUCAUUGUAGUGUUAUGAGAACAUCAAAACUUAUUCUGGAAAGUUUUAAUGUGAAAAUGCAGCAUGUACUUUUGUAUGAAAUGUUGUUACAUUCAAAUGGACCAGAACCUGCGGAAAUAAACAAUUACAAACAACAACUACUCGAACAAUUAGAAAAUAGCAAAGAUGUUUUGAAUUUAACAUCAAGAAGCCGUGAUGCUCUGAUUGAGACCUGGAGUGAAAAUCUACUUGUAACAAGCAAUGUUAUUGAAGAGAUUCUCGAGCAUUUACGAAUAGUAAGCCCUAUCAUUCCAAUUGUCUUCCACCAUGGACAUUCAAUGUUUCAUUUUGUAUAUCUUCAUCAUCUAUUCUUCCUGAUAUUAUCGUACCUAAAGCUUUGCAUGCAAAAGAAGGACAAUCAAGAACGUUUGACUGAAAGAUCAGAUACUGAGAAAAGGCUUUCAUUAUCAGCAAGAUUACAGAGAUUGAAAGAAGACCGUGAGAGAAGAGAUGAAUCAUUGAAUGAUGUUCUCACGGGAGUACCAAAGAUUGAUGUUUAAAAUUAACUGUUAAUCUGUACUUUUUCAUUUGUUGUUAUGUAUUUGCAUCUACACAAAAUAAGUAGACCUAUAUUGUCCAUACAAGGCCUUAUGUGAAGCGGAUUGCAUGUGGCCAAGCCUACAUACGGAAAAGAAUAAUUAUUAACUGAAAAUUAAGAUUUUGUGGACCAUGAGGUGCAGUUUAAAUCCUUAUUUCUCUCAAAAAUUCAUUGUGAGUCUGAGUCCUACAAGUUGAUACACCUAAUGUAUGGAUCAGGUAGUGCUUUAUUGUCCACACUCAAAACUAGUAAUUGACUAUUGUUUUAUCAAAAACCACAGUUUUAAGUUUAUAAAAUAUUCAUUUUUUUUAAUGAGCGUUGUACGGUAACCGAUAAGUACAAAAUCCUGAUUGAAAAACUUUUCGAGUCUUGUGUGUACAGAUUAAUUAAACACUCUGACCAAAACAGGAUUAUAAUUUAUGAUACACCCAGAUUUUGCGCGGUGCUUUUGUGAGUGCCGGCCCACUGCGGCCGCAGACCAUGCUGAAAAUAAUUAAUAUAUAUUAUUGUUUAUAAUAUUAGUGUUAUCUUAAUUUUUGUUCAACAUCAUAUGAGCACUUUUAUAUAUGAUUCCAUGUGUUAUUUAUAUAUAAUAUAAAACAAAUAUAUUUUAUAGCAUAUAUAUAUAUAUAUAUAUAUACCGAAUUUUUAUGAUUAAAAAGAAGCCAUUAUGCCAAUCAACACUUUACGAAGUUUAUAUUAUUCAUCCAUCACCUCCUAGCCAAAAUACUUGCACAUUUAUAGUUAAUUACAUUGAAUUUGUCAUGUUACAAACUGCAUUAAUUUUGACAAAAUAUAACACAAGCUGCGUGAAUGCUCUUAAACUAAUGGUCGGCAAACUUUAUGUUCUACUGGGCCAAAUAUACACAUUUCCAGUAGCGCCCAGGCCACACAAAUUUCCGCCAAUACACAAUCACCAGCAAACACCUGCGACUUCUAUUUCUGUAUUAAUUUCAACUAAACAGUAGGUGCUUUUGGAUAAUUACUACAAAACAAACUCCGUGUUACGACAUAUAUCCAUGAGCAAAUAAUAAAUUUGUGAGCAACUUUUUUAUGAAUUACAAGUGAAGUUGUUAGAGAGCUACAAAAAAAUUUGUUUGCAGGUGUAGCAGUUUGCAGGCCACUGCUCUAAACUUUUAAAAAUAUUAUCCUAACCCAGAACAUAUCAUAAACCCCACGUCAUAUUUUAACCAUUUGCCUUGUAAUAAAUAUCUUCCCAAUUCAAAACAUUCUUGGCAUCCCUGGGAACAGACAGGCCUUCACAAUGUUUUCUAUUUGCUCUUUCUUUAUUGUUAUUGCAUGACAUUUCUCUAUACUACCACAACAAGCAUUUUGUACUCAUGACAUUUUAGAUUCCACUGUAGAACCUAGUUAUUGUAAUUUUCACUUUACUAACUAUUGAUUUUUCAUUCAUACAAUCAAGUGUAUUCCAUGUCUUUAUUAAAAGCAAUAUAUUCCAAAUUGAUAUAGUAAA